UUUUCCUUUCUCAGACCAGUGCGAGACUUGAACCAAAACGCUUCGUUUUAUUUGACGCGCGGUCGCGAAAAAUCAUUUCGGUGUGUGUUCGGAGGUCAGCAGCGGUUUUCUUUUCUGUGUGGUGACGAAAAUACAGGGCUGAAAAGCGGUGUGCAGAAGAACGGUGAAAACUGAAAAUUUCCAGUUCGAUUGAUUCCAAGUGAUAAUCAGAUUUUCCAGCCAAUCAAUCAAGUAGUAAAGUGUGCAGUGUGUCGACGACGAGACGACUUCGAGAAGAAACCCUUGCGUGUUGGGAAUUUUUGUGUGAAAUUGAUUCGCGUGAAGAAGAGGAGACCCGUUCCGUUCGUCGAGGAGGGCCGAAAAGAAGCAGUCUUCGAAUUUUCAGGUGUGUGGAAGCCAUUUUUUGACAGAAAAAGGAAGUUUUUCACGCGAUUCGGGCUCUCGUGACCAGUGUGACAAGUGUGUGCUCGGAGCAGGAGGAUUUUCCGCCCGGAAGUUGCCGAUGCAGGUUGCGCUGUGCGGUUGGUUCAAGAACCGAAAAUCGGGAAAAGUGCCGUCCGUAAUCAGAGUGGAUUUGCUGCCGCUGUCAUAAGAAGAAGAGCUUCUUCACCGACGACGGUGUGUGGAUGAUGAUGGUGAUGAUGAUUGAGGAGAAGAAGGACCAUCCGAAGCAAAGAGGUGAAUAAAAGAAGAGCAAACAGGCAUAAGCAAAAUUGGACUUUCGAGUUUCGUCCGGCCGGGAGAUUCUGCUGGCCGGUGUGCGGUGAGGUGUGAACAAGUGUGUGUUGGAUAAGGUUUUUUCCCUGCUGGUUGCGGUGAAUCGUCCGUUCUGUUCUGGCGGUGUUGUUGUUGUGUUGUUGAAGACGGACGAUGGUCAAAAAUCGCGUGAGAAUGUGUUGGUGAUUCAUUGAUUGUUGAAGAAGAAAACAUUAUCCAUCGACGAUAUGUUCUGAAGACCCGGGCAAAAACUAGAGGAUUAUUUACUUUCGCUGUGGUAAACGAUCGAUGGAUUAUUUUUUUCGGAACACUUAGGCAGGUGGAUUUGGAUAAGUGUGCAGAUUAUACCAAGAUAUUCUCCAGCGUUAAGUGCCCUGUGUUUGUGUAAAUGGUGAAGUGACGUCUAAAAAUACCAUGCGAAAGCUGAAGAAAUCGGAUCACUUUGGCAUACCGGUCGUUGCCACCGGUAGCCACCGUCCCACUACUGCAAAUGAAGAAGCUUUUCCGAAUCGAAGCUAAUAUUUAAAUAUAAAAUCGGUAUCGAAAGUGACCCCUCAGGUGUCAAUUCGUGUGUUUCAAGUGUAGCGUAAAGUGACGCUUUCUAAAAAUCGUCGUUCAAUAAUUGCGUUCAGUGUCGUGAAAUUCCUGUGCCAGGAAACGAGAAAACGAAGUGAAGUUUCAAACGGUCUCUCCUUCAGAAAGCGUAUAUUAAUCUGAAACGUGAAGCGCUGAAAAAUGGAAUCAUUUUACGCAUCGUCAUCGCCCUCUUCGUCGAGAGGAGCCACUGGUGGUAGCGGUGGUGGUGGUCGAAGACCGUCGUCCUCCGGAGAUCAGCAGGGCAGCAGUGCCGGCGGCAGCAGCAGCAGCAGCAGCCACAUAACACUCGAACGGCUCAAAGAGAAGGGCAAAAAGCUAGCGUCCGCUCACGUGCAGCGCGAACUAGCCGUCACGGGGCAAUCGGAAGCUCUGGAACUGCUGUUGGAUGAAUUCCUGUCGCCGAUACGACCGAUUGCCGACGCCGACAGCAUCGAGUGGUGCAAGUGGUUGAUUGCCGGUGGCCGAACUCCGGGCGAAUUUGCCUCCAUAGUGCGCAAUUACGACAACCAUGCCAAGUGCGGUCUGGUCUGGAUUCCGCACGUCGUCGCCUAUCGGUGUCGAACGUGUGGCAUCUCGCCAUGCAUGUCCAUCUGUCGGGAUUGCUUCAAGCGGGGCAACCACACGGAUCACGAUUUCAACAUGUUCCUCUCGUUGGCCGGCGGAGCCUGCGACUGCGGUGACACCUCCGUGAUGAAGGCGGAAGGGUUCUGCAGCGAUCAUGGGAUCAACAACUGUCAGAACAAAUCACCCGUGCCGGACGACCUCAUGGUGGUGGCGGAAGCCAUGAUGCCACGAUUGCUACUGCGGCUGCUGCUGCAUUUCCGCGACAACAAUGCCAAAAACCACAACUCGACGGUUUACAGCCGGACGGCCAAGUACUGUGAUGAUUACUGUAGUAUGCUGAUGGAGUUCAACAACAUGGGCGAACUGAUGCGACGGGUCAUGACCAAAGCGCUGAUAGACGAACGGACGUACAGGAAGCUGGUGGAACCGCCGUUUCCCCAAAACUCGUACGGAAAUUUUCUCGAAUACGGACGACGAAAGUACGAGGAAGCGGUUCGGUUAUUUCCAUCCCCGGAACCACCCGACGAAUACAAACAUCUGCCGGCACUCGGCCAAACGAUUGUUCACAAAACCCUCCUCGAAGAAUUUAUCUUUUGGACGUUUAAGUACGAGUUCCCGCAGAACAUUGUUUGCUUCCUGCUAAAUAUGCUUCCCGAUCAGGACUAUAAGGAACACUUGACCCGCACCUUUGUGAUGCACUACUGUCGGAUACCGAGCGUGCUGGAAAUGUCCAACGAUCCGGACACACUGAGUAAUCGGGUGGUGCACAUGAGUGUGCAGCUCUUCUCGAACGAAAGCCUCGCCCUCAAGAUGGUCGAAGAACUGAGCUUGCUGCACGUGAUGAUCAUCAGCCUCAAGCAGAUGAUGUCGAAAAUUUUGAUUCCGAAUACGUUGCAUGAUCCGGCUCGGAAUUUUCACUACGUGAUCGACUGUGCCAAGCGGGUGAUGAAGGAUCACUGCUACUGGCCGCUGGCGUCCGAUUUCAACAAUGUGCUGUCGCACGAGUCGGUCGCGCUGGUGUUCCUCAAGGAUGACAACCUGAUCGAUAUGUGGUUCCAGUUUCUGUCGAUGUUGCAAGGCAUGAACGUCAACAUCCGCGAAACCGGUAGCCACGUCGAAUUCGAACCAAGUUCCUACUACGCUGCCUUCAGCUGUGAGCUGGAAGCCAGCGCUUACCCGAUGUGGUCGAUUAUCUCGCACCUCAAGGAUCCCUCGCACGCCCCGCUGGCCAAGAAAAUAAUGCUGUUCUGCGUCAACUACCUGCAGGACUGGCUCGAUGCCGUCAACUUCUACCAGCAUCCCAAGUUUAACAAGGAGGAGCUCUACCGGGCAUCUUUUCACUAUCCGCUGCAUCGCUACCUGGCGGCAUUUAUUUGCCAGGGCGUGAAAAAGAUGGGCAUGUCGCUGAGCGAUAUCCUCCCAUCGGCAGAGCUACUCCCGAAGUUGAUGAUGCACCCUCUGCGGGUUCAGAGUCUCUUCUACGAAAUCCUGUCCGGCAUCUGGGUGCGCAACGGGCUCCAAAUCAAGGGCCAAGCCAUGACCUACCUGCAGGCGAACUUCUGCAACUCGAUGGUCGACAUGGAUCUGUUCUUCCUGCAGAUCUGCGCCACGCAGCUUCCGGCCAACCUGUUCCUCACCGAUUGCAUAUCGAUCUUCGGCGUGACCGAGUGGCUGGGGAUGGGCGUGCUCAGCGCGCCGCAGGAAAUGGAACAGGACUCGAUGCUGGAGGGGCUGCUGACGUUCCUGGCGACGUUGAUCACCUCACGGGUGAACCUGGGAAACGACGAAACGACGCAAUGCAUCAUCGAAAUAAGCGCGCUGCUGGCGACUGGGGACAAGACGCACAGUCAGUUGCUGGAACUGAUGCCGGAGCGAAGCUUGAAUGCUCACACGAGGAACUUUGAGCGAUUUCUGAAGGAUCUCUCGGUUUACCGGCCACCGCCGGUAAAUUCGGAAAACUUGGAGCAGGGUUUGUUCAUGCCGGUGGCGGAGGUUUGGGAAAAGUAUUACGAUCCGUUGCAUGUGUUGCUGCGGGCGGUGCACAGGAGGGACUUCCAGAACUCGAUGGAUCGGUUUAGUGGGUAUGUGAAGAACGAGGGUAAGAUGCCGAAAAGUGGGAGUUUAUGGCCUCCAUUCAGACUGCCGAGCUCCUGUGGGAAGGUAUACAGUGAUCCGAGAAGUAUUCUGAGCUCGCGGGUGUUGCAUGCGACAGUAUUAGCGAUCUUCUACCGGGCUGUGCAUACGCAUAGCGUUUCGGAGCACAUGUUGGCACUGGCGGUGUUUCUUUUGGAGAUGGCUGUGAGUAAUAGUGAGACUAACAAGGAUUGUGGGAACGAAUUGGAGCGGGGCGUUUCUUCGAGGACUGAUAGCGGACGACGAGCCUCUGAGGAGGGCAGAGAAUCGAUUCCUGAAUUAUUGAAUUGCUAUCCAAGCAAUUGCCUAACCGAUAAUUUAAAGAUGACGAUCAAACGGAUAUCACUAUUACCGGGUGAACCACAAGUCAUGCCAGCGAAUUAUCAGAACCAAAGUGCAGGGACGCCCACGUUCGACAGUGACGUGGAAUGGGAACUGUCCGAGAGCGAGACUCUACCAAUGUUGGUUGGUAGUGUGGAUAACGAAUACGGAACGCAUUUAAACAGUGGUAGUGAAGUCGCGAUUCCGCAGGAUUUAUCUGUGGUGAGAGGGAGUUCCCUUGCCAGGCGAAUAGACGACGAAGAUGACGACGAAAUGGCUCAGAUGAUAGUCGAUCAACCGCUCCCACCACUGAAUCUACGACAGGCGUUAACCCUGCCCGAAUACCACAAUAAUAAUAACGAAAGCAGUGAUGCUGUCAUGAAUUCUGGCACGGUGGCAGUUCCUCGAGUUACGAGUGAAAUCUACAACGAGAGCAGUAUGGAGUUGGUGAUUCGGCAUGACUUCUCCGUUGCCCCCACUCAAACUUCAGUAGUCAACGACACCAACCGGACGACCACUCCAGAUACAACUAUGUUCUCAUCAUCGGUUCCCUCUAACCCAGGACUGAUGUUACCCUUCAAUCGUGUUCAACCUGUUACAGUUCCUAGUAGGCCCCAGUUACCGGCACCAGCCAAUGCAAGUACCGUGGUCAACGCCGUUAGCGCUACAUCCACCAAUUCCGGUGGAGCCAGUUCCCAACUAGUCCAUCAAAUUGCCGGCAGUCGGCCGCGGCAUAAACGUCGCAAUAUCGAAGCUCCUCGCGAUGCGAACCACGAAGCGGACACCGUACUGAUAGAGGAAAGCAUUCUAUCCUUGCUCCUAAAACUCCACUCGCAACUCAGUGGGGCGUUGGAUAGUUUCUCGUUGGAAGACGAUGCAUCUGAAGACGAAGACGAACGAAUGGAUCAGGACGACGACUCCUGCUCAUCUAGUCAACAGCAGGCGCAGAAAAUCAAAGUGUCCGAAUCGCGCAUCGGUGACGGUCCGUACUUCAUAGGGAAUUUGCUGCGGAGGAUCGCACGAUUGGAUGCGAGUUGUGCUCGGAAGAUCAACGAAAUUCGUCAUGCACUGUGGCCGAACCAAAGAGAACGUCAGGCGGAGCAGAAAGCACGAGAGGCUAAGGAACGGGAAGAACGCAGUAAGCGGGCGAAAGAACGGCAGAAGAAGUUGAUGGAGGAGUUUGCCAGUCGGCAAAAGGCGUUCAUGGAGCAGGCGGCGGCAUCCAAUAUGGAUUGUUUCGAAGGGGACGACGAGGAUGAGGAGGAAAUGAUCGAAAUGCCACGGGAGAAAGAGUACGAUUGUAUUAUUUGCAACACGACUGGCCCCAGCACGGAAUCGAAUCCGAUCGGGUUGGUUGUGUUGGUCGAAUCUAGCAGUAUUGUUGGCCACCGGAGGAAAGAGCAUGACCGUUGUCCAUUGCCAUUAAACGAGGACGACAAAACGAGGUUAGAGCGCAACGUUAAAAUGUCCAAUGAGUUCACGAAACGGGUGGAUUUGCUUCAAUGGAAAUUUGGAUCGACGUCCUGGUUUCUGUCGCAUAAUAUUGGAUGGGAAGGUGGCGUGCAUGUGCAAUCGUGCGGACAUCAUGUACAUCUCACAUGCCAGGAUUCGUAUUUGAAAUCGUUGCAUACUUCGGCGCGACCGCAGAACCUCAACGUUGAACGGGGAGAGUUUUUCUGUCCGGUUUGUCGCCAACUCGCCAACUCAGUGCUUCCACUGAGCCCUUGCCUGGAUCGACCGACUCCGUUGAUCCGAACACCUUCGCCACCGUACGCUAGUCUAGUCAACGAUUUAAUGAACCUCAUUAAGGAAAAUAAACGCCCUCCGACCACCACCAAAUUCUACGAGGCCAUGGGCCGAGCCAUGGAGAGCAUGACCAGCUGCACGCAGCGGAACAUCAAGAAGCAUCCCGUCACGCUGCAUAGUCUGUUCUCGUUUGUGAUUUCAAUUGCUCGCAUCAACUUAGAAUCGGAAGUUAUUCAGCGGGGUGGAUCCCUGUGCACGCAGAAAGAACUCCGUUACAAACCGAAACGGGACUGCAUCGUACCGCUGUUGCACGUACUUUCCCUUCACGUUCGACUGAUGAUCAAUGACGAUUCGCCCGUGCGGCUAAAAGCGGGUGAAGACUGGCCCGCGUGGCAUUCGUGGGCGAUUCUCUGUGGGCUGGCACUGGCCCGACAACCGGAUACGGACGCCGAUGGAUCUUCGGAAGGUUCAGCCACGGCAACCGCCGUUGGUGCAGCUCUAGGUUUCUCGCACGGUUCCGCUCCGGAGUCCGAGGAUGGCAGCUCAACGGCAGCGACAUCGGCCCCCGGCUACAGCAACAAUGAAGCGAUUCCGGCCCUGUUGAACGAUCCGUGUGCGUUGAUGCUGAAGUUCAUCCUGCUGGCGCCGCUGCAUCUGGAUCAAGCUUACUUCACCUGCAUCGUCAAAGUGAUGUACAACCUGCUCUACUACCAGAUCGUGCUGCAGCUGUGCACCCACCUAACGGACGACCAGUGCGAGUACCUGGUGGAGCAGUUCUCCUCGGCACCGCAAGUCCGUGAAAAGGGUGUCCGCAGCAUCGGCGCCUCCAUGGCGUUCGUGCUCAAUAACCUGGAGCGCUGCCGGUACAUCCGCUCGGACAGUGUCCUCAUGACGGACCAUUCCGCCUCGAUGAUGGACCAAUGCGACAGCAAACCUUCCACGCCGAACGGCACCGCUUCGACGUCCUCCUCCGGUGCACAGUUGGAUUUGGCCGUUCUGGAAAAGCACCUGCAGCACCUAUGUCUGCCGUUUCUCAGGGUGGCGGCACUUCUCCGGCACCACAUCUAUCACGCCGAGAUUCCGGAAAUUCCCGGUCCGCAGUGGGAGUUCAGCAGACUCGUAUAUUACCUGGAACUAGUCACCGUUAGCAUGGAUAUGGACAAAUUCAACGCAUGUAAGGCGCUGUGCUUCCUCCCGGGAACGGAACUAGCGCUGCCCAAGUUUUGGUGUGAUCAGUUGCGUGAAAUUCGGCCCACUUACGAGUCGACUCGAUCGCUGAUCGUCAGUCAGCACAUCGAGUGGAAGCAGCCUCGGUUGUUGGGGCUUCCGCGGGAGUACGAGCGGUUGUUUACGCAUUACCACGAGCAACCAUGUCUGAAGUGCCAGAAUGUGCCGAAAGAGAGUUCGAUAUGCUUGCUGUGCGGCACGAUCGUUUGUCUGAAGCAGGCCUGUUGUAAGGAGCAGGAAUGUUGUGAAGCAGUGAGGCAUUCCAUCAGCUGUGGAGGAGGAACCGGUAUCUUCCUUGUGGUGACAUCGACGUACAUCAUCAUUAUCCGAGGACGGCGGGCGUGUCUUUGGGGGUCGCUUUAUUUGGACGAUUACGAUGAGGAGGAUCGCGAUUUGAAGCGUGGCAAACCGCUCUACCUGAGCGAGGAUCGUUUCAACCUGCUGGAGUCGCAAUGGCUAUCGCACCGAUUUGCUCACACCAAACAUACCUGGGUAUGGCACCGGGAUUCGCUGUAAACGGGAAUAUUAUCCCUAAGAUGAAAUGAGAACGUAUUAAUGUGUGUGUUGUGCAUCCGACUGGUGAGUUGUCUGUUACAGUGUGUGAUUGUGUGAACUAUUGUGCGUGUUUGAAACACAAGACUGCGUUUGUUGUCGCUGUGAGCAGGAAAUAAUAAACAUAAUGUGUUAUUUAAACAAUCGAUAAGAUAGCAUCUAAGUCUCAAUAACGUUAGAUAAGAGUGAAACAAAUUACUAUUCAACCACUACUCAACUAUUUCUGAAAGUCUAUCUGGAAACCAUUUCUCUGCUUUGUGAUACUUAUAAUUGUUAUCGAUAUCUCUAUAUGCUUAGUGCUUACGUUUAACUUAACUGUAAUAGUCGGAACAAAUCUCCAAUCAGAUUGAACCUUUUGUCGUUUCACUUACUAGGAGAUGAAAUCAAAUUGUAAACUAAUAUAACCGUUAUGCGCAUAUAAUAUAAUCAAAUAUAUUUGUUCGAAACGAUUAAACCGCGUUCAAACUGGGCUGUCUCAAAUGGAGCUCUGUUUUGUUUUUUUUCCUCCACAACGUUUAAGUAUAUUAUUUCAUAAUUAUAAGUUUGUUUAGUUUGCUCAAGUUUAGAAAUGCCGAUUCUUGGAAACACUGGACAGGAUACGGUACGAAUUACCCGAGCAAAGUCUGAAAACAUAACGAGAGCACAAAGAAAACACAUUUUGAAUUCGACAUCAAAUUGAAAUCAUAAUUUGUUUUCAAAUAUGAAUCAUCAUGAUUGAUUACAUAUUUUGAUCUCAUUUUGCUGUAGAUUUCUAAAUUGUAUGAUCUGACAUCAAACUGUGUACUUAUUUUGUUAUCGGAACCAAUAUCAAAUUUAGUUUUCGAUUUGCUCUCAUCGAUAGCAGGAAUAGUUUUCGAUUUGAUGUCACAGUAAGAUUUUUCUGCUAUACAUUUUGUUAUUUUAACCGUUAAAACGACCAAAAAGAUAUCAAAUUAAGUAAUCAUAUUCGGCGAUUUCACAACAUCAAAACGAGUUAUCGUUUUGCUCUCAAGCUUUGCUCGGGUAGCUGACACUUAUUGCCACCAUAUUUGGAGAGGGAAGCAGUUUGCCUUCAAAGCGAAAAUACUGGAGAAUCGAGGGCGCGUGUAAAAUAGUGUGUAGAAACGAUUAUGAAAUAGCAAAUAGUUUUCAAUUUUGAUUAAUCAUUAAUAGGACUCAACAAAUUGUUUGCCAGGUGAGAACGAGGAGGUUAGGUUUCAACUGCGUCGGAAUGUGAGGAAGGGUGAACGGAGGUAAUAGAGGAAACCAAUAACUAGCGAGUAAACACCAAUAAAUUUAUUUCACGAUAUAUUACGAAUCUUAA